AUGUGCGGCGUCAAUCACGCUGAUCACUUUCGGGUCGAGCGCGCGCCGAGUAGAGGGAAUGGCGGCGGGCGGGCGGCUGCUCUCGCGUCGUCUACCGCGGCUCGACAAAGAGGAGCCGUUGCCAGCGAGUCGAGGCGGGAAACUCUCUCAUUGGCUCCCCGGCUAGCGGCCACGUGGCGUACUCCCGUUGGCGUUCAUCGACUCAGGUAUCAGGGGAAGCGCGGCAGCAGUGCCGUCCUCACUGCAGCUGGUAACCAGCCGCCCUCCCCACCUCCCCCUCCCCUUCCUCCUCCUCCUCCUCUCUCCGCUCCUGCACCCAAGCAGUCUCUUUCUCUCUCCCCAGCAGCAGCAGCAGCAGCAGCAGCAGCAGCAGCAGCAGCAGCAGCAGCAGCAGCAGCAGCAGCAGCAACCCCAGCAGAAGCAGAAGCAGAAGCAGAAGCAGUAGGAGGGGGAGGAGAGUUAAGGGCAGCAAUUGCGAAGUUAAACAUGCGUUCUGGUCAAAGAGAAAGCAGUGGGAACUUCACAUCAGGUGCAGCCGCAGCAGCGUCAUCAUCAGCAGCAGGCGCAGCAGCAGCAGCAGGGCCAGUAGCAGCAGCAGGCGCAGCAGCAGCAAGAGCAGCAGCAGCAGCGCCAUCAGCAGCAGUAACUGCAGCGGAAGUCUCAUCCCCUGGUGUCCCAUCCAAUAAAGUCACACUCAGUAAUAGCUCUCUCAAUAAUGCCGCUCUCAAUAAGCCGCUCUCCAAGGGGGGAAUGAAGGCGGCGUGCCACAGGUGGCCGUGCAGCGUGCGCCCCAGCCUGUGCGGCGUGAUGCAUCGCCCCAUCCGCGUCUACCUCAUCUGUCCCCAGCUGGUGGGACAUCAACCGUCAGUAUCACGACUGCAGUGGCCGCCCGGUCUCUCCUCCGUGUCUCUCAAAGGCGAAUCAUCAUACCCCUUCCUUGCUUCCCUCCCUACUCCCAUCUAUCCCCUACCUCGCCCACUCAGUCCCCAGCUGGUGGGACAUCAACCGUCAGUAUCACGACUGUAG